AUGAACUUGCACGAAUUAGUUUUACGUGGUAUCUAUGGUUAUGGUCUCGAACGUCCUACCGAUGUACAACAACGUGCUCUCAAACCGUGUAUUUCGGGUUACGAUGUGAUUGUGCAAGCACAAUCAGGCACGGGCAAAACGAUAACCUUCAUCAUUGCAGUUUUACAACGACUCAACAUGGAGUGCAAAGAUUGUCAAGCAUUAAUUCUGGUACCAACGCGUGAAUUGUCUCAAAAGAUCCAUAGAGUAGUUUUAGCAUUAGGUGAACAUAUGAAUGUGACAUGUCAUGCUUGUAUUGGUGGUACGAAUCUUCGUGAGGAUAUGAAACAGCUUGAAGCAGGUGUUCAAAUUGUUGUUGGUACACCUGGUCGAAUCUAUGAUAUGUUAAAGAGAUCAGUACUUCGUAGUGAAAAUAUCAAAAUGUUCGUAUUGGAUGAAGUUGAUGAGCUUUUAUCUCGUGGUUUUAAAGACCAAAUCUAUGAUAUAUUUACGAUGCUGUCAGGAAAUGUUCAGGUCAUUGUUGCAUCGGCUACAAUGGCUUUCGAUUUACUCGAAAUUACAGCUAAAUUUAUGAAUGAUCCUGUGAAAGUUUUUUUUAAGAUAGAAGAACGAACGCUCGAAGGUGUUCGUCAAUUUUAUGUGAAUGUCGAACGUGAAGAGUGUAAACUAGAUACAUUAUUUGACUUGUUUGAUACAUUAACGAUCACCCAAACUGUCAUCUUUUGUAACACACGUCAAAAAAUCGAUUGGUUAACUGAAAAACUACGUGCACGUACUUUAACUGUGUCUGCUCUGCAUCUUGAUAUGGAUGCACAACAACGUAAUGAUGUCAUAAAAGAAUUUCGAACGGGUUCCAGUCGAAUCUUGGUAAGAACAGAUAUGCUUGAGGCUGAUACUGAUAUUCCACAAGUUAGUCCUAUUAUCAAUUAUGAUCUACCGACUAAUCCUGAGAGCUAUAUUCAUCGUAUUGGACGUCGUGGCAGAUUCGGUCGAAAAGGUGCGACUAUCAAUUUCAUUACCAAUGAUGAACGACAAAUACUACAUCAUAUUGAACAAUAUUGUAAUACACGAAUCGAAGAACUGCCCAUGGACAUUGCCGAUUUGAUUUAA